GGAUGAUGGGAAAUAUAGUAGGCAGUGUUUGCAAAGCUCGCCAGUGUUGGCUAGGAUUUGCUUUUUACGGCAAAUUUGAUUUCAUGACGACGAAUCAUAUUAUGUUUAUUGCUUUAUAACAUGGUUUGUCAUCAGUAAACGAUGAUUAAGUAGCACGAUAGGCGACCAAGCUCGGUGGCUAAUAACUGAGCUAAAGAACGGAGCUAAAGUUAGCUAGGCUACAUCUCUUCAAAAUCGCCUUUGUUUUUAUAAUGUAGUAGCCAGGCUAUACUGUACAUUACGGUACUCCUGUCUGCGUCACAAGGGGGUCAAAGGUCGACUACAAACAUUUCAGCAGGCAGACAGUCAUCAGCUACAUGUUUGAUCUGAUUUUAGAAAAUGUGCUAACAGCUCGUGUCCGCGUUCAGAAUCAUCUUCAGUCAGUUACAGUCAUGUGUUAACAGUUUAGCUCACAGUUACAGCGGUGUCAUGGCUUCUUUAGUGAGCUCCUCAUUAAUGUCACCUGUCCGACUUUGUUGUUUGUACCUGUGCUCGAGGGCAAGCAGGAGGACGCUCUCUGCUAACGGUUUGGGUCAAAGGAGUUUGUGUCCAGGUGAAGGUGCAGCAGCUGUGUGCAGACAGACAAACUCUCCGUGGUGGAAUGGGAGUCGAGGGUUUUUCUCUCGUGGUGGCGGUGCAGGCGAGGAGCAGCAGACCCUGGAGGACAUCGCCAAGAACAUCAGAGAGCGGCAGUUCAAGAGGGUGGUGGUGAUGGCCGGAGCUGGGAUCAGCACGCCGAGUGGCAUCCCAGAUUUCAGGUCUCCAGGCAGCGGUCUCUAUGACAACCUGCAGCAGUAUGACCUGCCGUACGCCGAGGCCAUAUUCGAGCUCACCUUUUUUCACCACAACCCAAAUCCCUUCUUCGCCCUGGCCAAAGAGCUGUACCCAGGGAACUAUCAGCCCAACCUGACACAUUACUUUGUGCGACUGCUUCAUAAGAAGGGUCAGCUCCUCAGGAUGUACACGCAGAACAUCGACGGCCUGGAGAGAUUGGCAGGGAUUCCUCCUGACAUGUUGGUGGAGGCUCACGGUACUUUCGCCACCGCCACCUGCACCGCGUGCCUGAGGAAAUACGAGGCAGAGGACCUACGACCAGAUAUAUUGAGAGGGACGGUCCCAAAGUGUCCCACCUGUAAAGGCGUUAUAAAGCCCGACAUUGUGUUUUUCGGGGAGGAGCUUCCACAUCACUUCUUCAAGUACCUCACAGACUUCCCGCUGGCUGACCUGCUGAUCAUAAUGGGAACUUCACUGGAGGUGGAGCCCUUUGCCAGUCUGGCAGGAGCCGUGCGCGGCUCUGUACCCCGUCUCCUCAUCAACAGGGACCUGGUGGGCCCGUUCGCCUGGCGCCGCCGGCCUCAGGACGUCGUUCAGCUGGGUGAUGUGGUCGGCGGUGUGCAGGCCCUCGUGGAUGCGCUCGGCUGGACUCAGGAGCUGGACGCUCUGAUGGCGGCUGCAGCUGAGAAAGCUGCAACAAAGACAGAAGAGUGAGCAGGUCGCCGCAUCAAGCUGGAGGUUUGACUUCAUUCACUGCACUCACAGUACAGAAAACACUGCAAGACUAAAUCCAGACUGUUUUCACUGGGUUCACGUGGUGACACUUGGAUCUUUGGUGACAUUAAAGGAAACUCACAGAUAAGAACUGCUGCAAUGGAAACACUGAAAUGUUUCUCAGUCAAAUAUCAGUAAACACAGGUAAGUGACGCGCAGGGACACGUGGCAGAGAAAUCAGGUGCAAAUGUUUAUGUACAACAGAAUACAAUGUGCAGCUGAUUGACCGUGUUGACUCAAUAAGAAAGAUGUGCAAUAUUAUAUUUUAUUUAUAAGCUUCUAAUUUUAAUGAAAUGUGUCUAAAGGACAACGUCUAUGAAGGCCUUUGUUUGUACGAGGACAUUUAAUCCUUCUGAAAUCACUGGCAUCACUGGUUUAGUGGAAUUAAAGGUCAAAAUGCAGGGACAUAAGAGAGUUACUUGAGCUUUUAAAGAUUUUCAGGACAGCCUCUCAUGCGUAAACGUCAGAGGACUGGGUUGGGAAAUCUUUCUGUAAUAUAUACUAUGUCAGUAGUGUCAGGAGUUUCCAAAAACAUCUGCUCACUGUAGUUUUUAUUAAGCAAACUGGAGGUAAUAGUGACUUUGUUGGGGACUAUUUUCAGUGGCGGAUUAAUCCACAUUUGGUGCUGUAGUGAGUGUUUGUGUCAGGAGGACGGUGUGUGUGUGACUGUGUCAAAAUAAACUACAGUGUGUGUGUUCAUGGUGAUGAAGGAACAGCAGUGUGGCUCACUGAUGUGUUUUAACCACAGUAGAGGACGAGGAGACGUCCGGCUGCAGACAGACACACAGACACCUGUCAGCAGAUACAUUCACUGUGGGUUUGAGUCUGUGGAGUUAUUUUGUACCAGCAGAGGGAAGCAGAGAUCAGCCUCACCUUGACAACGACUCCUGUGUGCUGUGAUACUUGGAGCUAAAAGAGGAUUUGAGGAUGUUGUAGAAAAAUAAAAAGUUGAUCUCUAGUAUGUUUUGAUAUGCCUCAAUAAAACUGAAU